GGGACUAGCAAGUCGGAAGAAACCAAUAAUCGAACCAAACUAAACUUGUUUUCGAAGAAACACAGAGCUCCUUCUCUUCCAUCUACGCAAUGGCGACUGUAGGGGUCAAGAGGACGCAACCGGAAUCGGCGGCACCGGAGGAGAUGUGCACGGCCAAGGUUGGGACCACUAAACAAGGGGAAGGCCUCAGGCAAUACUAUCUCCAACACAUCCAUGAGCUCCAACUCCAGGUCCGCCAAAAAACCCACAAUCUUAAUCGCCUUGAAGCUCAGCGCAACGAACUCAAUUCUCGAGUAAGAAUGCUUCGAGAAGAACUGCAGCUGCUUCAGGAGCCUGGAUCUUAUGUGGGUGAAGUUGUGAAAGUUAUGGGUAAAAAUAAGGUUUUAGUUAAGGUUCAUCCAGAAGGAAAAUAUGUUGUUGAUAUUGAUAAAAGUAUUGAUAUCACAAAAAUCACGCCAUCAACCAGAGUUGCCCUCCGUAAUGAUAGCUAUGUCUUGCAUUUGAUCUUGCCAAGCAAAGUAGAUCCACUGGUUAACCUUAUGAAAGUCGAGAAGGUUCCAGAUUCUACGUAUGACAUGAUUGGUGGUCUUGACCAGCAAAUUAAGGAGAUAAAAGAGGUCAUAGAGCUACCAAUCAAACAUCCUGAAUUGUUUGAGAGUCUUGGAAUUGCUCAACCAAAGGGUGUCCUGCUAUAUGGACCACCUGGUACAGGGAAAACUCUGCUGGCUAGGGCUGUGGCUCAUCAUACUGAAUGUACCUUCAUCAGGGUAUCUGGUUCUGAGUUAGUUCAGAAAUACAUUGGCGAAGGUUCCCGAAUGGUUAGAGAACUUUUUGUUAUGGCAAGGGAACAUGCCCCAUCCAUCAUAUUUAUGGAUGAGAUUGACAGCAUUGGAUCUGCUCGAAUGGAAUCCGGAAGUGGCAAUGGUGACAGUGAGGUGCAGCGGACUAUGUUGGAGCUUUUAAACCAGCUUGAUGGGUUUGAAGCGUCUAACAAGAUCAAGGUUCUGAUGGCCACAAAUCGGAUUGAUAUCCUGGAUCAAGCACUUCUUAGGCCAGGACGAAUUGACAGGAAGAUUGAAUUUCCAAAUCCUAACGAGGAGUCUCGUCUUGACAUCUUAAAGAUACAUUCAAGAAAAAUGAAUUUGAUGCGUGGGAUUGAUUUGAAGAAGAUUGCCGAAAAGAUGAAUGGUGCAUCUGGUGCAGAGCUUAAGGCAGUAUGCACAGAAGCAGGAAUGUUUGCAUUAAGGGAAAGGAGGGUCCAUGUAACCCAGGAAGAUUUUGAGAUGGCAGUGGCCAAGGUGAUGAAAAAGGACACAGAGAAAAACAUGUCUCUGCGGAAGCUUUGGAAGUGAUUAUGUUUCACCACCGUGUCUUUUACUCUUUUUAUCAAACAUCUGCCAGAAGAGAGGGGUAAAAGAGUCCUUACAUCUGAAACUUCCUUGUUUUACUGUGGCGUAACAUUCCCUCGGGUGGCCAUAACUGGGUCCUGGAGCAAGAGUGUCACCCAUCCCAAGGCUUAAUUCAAGUAAUAAUUAUCUAUGUCAUUUUGUCAAUUUGUCAAACUUGUUGGUUGCCAGUUGUUGGUCUGAAUGUGAGUUGUAAAUUUCACAAAGUUGGAAUUUAGUGGCUCCAACCACCAUGAAGGAUGGGCAGCGCUUACAAAUCAACUUGCAGAAAACUCAAACCCAAUAAUACCCUUUUUCGUACAAGGUAGCUGAGGAUUCCCGUGUGUGGACGGACUUAGCUGUUGACUUUGACUGACCAUUAAUAUAUCAUCCAAGGAGUC